AUGGACGACCUCGCCAGUAAUAGACACCACUCUACUGCUACGUCUGAACCCACUCGACAUCCCGAUCUCAGCUUCACGGAUGGAAAUAUUGCAAUUCUCACUGGACAAGUCUACUUUCUCGUUCACAAAGGGCUCCUUUGUCGCCAUUCUACGCCUCUCCAGCAGAUGACCAAGUCUCUUGACCCUCUUAUUCGCCUCGAAGGCCGGCCUAUUCUCGCUCUCCAAGACACUCCUCAAGAAAUGGCCUUGUUUCUGGCGGCGUUGUACGACGGCGUUCUCUUUGACUCCAAACUUGACUCUGUUGACUUUGCUGCCAUCAGUGCUCUGCUACGUCUGACGACCAAAUACGAAGUCAAACUGCGUUCAAGUCUUCUUCGUGAGCUUCAACGUGUCCAGUGGCCAGUACGACUCGCGCAAUGGGACAUUCGCGAAGCUGAAGCUACCCAUAACGGGCAAUAUAAUGCGCGUUCGCGUUACCCACACCCAAUUCUCGUGAUUAAUCUUGCUCGCGCGAUAAACGCGCCAGAACUUCUGCCUUCUGCAUUCUAUGAUCUGUCGCGUUCUCCAGUUAGUGAAACCACGGCCGGUCACAUUGAUUCCCAAGGCGUCUUGCACCAACUAGCGCAGGGGGACUUGAUGCAUCUUUUGAAGGGAAGAGAACACGCUUCGCGGUUUUUGUCAACAUUCAUCGUCAACGAGCUAGAGGGGCGGGAACCGUCGAGCAAUUGCCUUCACCGGCAGUUCCAAGAUGUAGGUCACGGACGGGUCUGUCAAGCGGCAUUUGAAAACGUUACCUUCGAAAUCCUGCGUGAUGUGAAUGGGGUUACCCACCGAAGCUCUGAUCCUCUAUUUGCGAUGUUGGAUUCCGAGUUAAUGCAAACACGAGAUAGCGGCCAAGGACCAGUUAUGCGAGCGUGUGAAUUUUGUCGACUCGAGUUUGGGACUGCCGUGGACCAGGCACGAGAGGAGUUCUGGCAAAAGAUGGCGAUAUGGUUCGGAGUAGAGUUGACCGGCUGGACUUGA